AGGACAGGAAAAGAAGGCCAACCCAGGGAAUACUAUACUUUGGACUCUAUCUUGUUCCUGCUUAAUAAUGUGCACCUUUCACAUCCUGUUUAUGUCCGGCGUGCUGCAACUGAAAACAUUCCUGUGGUACGAAGACCUGACAGGAAAGAUCUGCUUGCAUACCUAAAUGGCGAAACAUCUACGUCAUCGAGCAUAGACAGAAGUGCUCCACUUGAAAUUGGCCUUCAGCGAUCCACACAAGUUAAAAGAGCAGCUGAUGAAAUAUUAGCAGAAGCAAAGAAACCAAGAAUAGAGGAUGAAGAGUGUGUGCGUCUUGACAAGGAGCGAUUGGCAGCUCGGUUGGAGGGGCAUAAAGAAGGUAUUGUGCAGACAGAGCAGAUUAGAUCUUUGUCUGAAGCCAUGUCGGUGGAAAAAAUUGCCGCUAUCAAAGCGAAAAUUAUGGCGAAGAAAAGAUCCACUAUCAAGACAGAUCUGGAUGAUGAUAUAACUGCCCUUAAGCAGAGAAGUUUCGUUGACGCAGAGGUAGAUGUAACCAGAGAUAUUGUCAGCCGGGAGAGAGUGUGGAGAACAAGAACUACCAUUUUGCAAAGCACAGGCAAGAACUUUGCCAAGAACAUUUUUGCAAUUCUUCAGUCAGUAAAAGCCAGAGAAGAAGGUCGUGCACCUGAACAGAGACCUGCGCCAAAUACAGCACCAACAGAUCCCACUUUACGGAAUAAGCAGCCUAUUCCAGCUGCCUACAACAGAUAUGAUCAGGAAAGAUUCAAAGGAAAGGAAGAGACGGAAGGAUUCAAAAUUGACACUAUGGGCACCUACCAUGGAAUGACUUUGAAGUCUGUAACUGAGGGUGCUUCUGCCCGAAAGACUCAAACCCCAGCAGCACAGCCUGUGCCAAGACCAGUUUCCCAAGCGAGACCACCUCCAAAUCAGAAAAAAGGAUCUCGAACUCCCAUAAUCAUUAUUCCAGCAGCUACCACCUCUUUAAUAACUAUGCUUAAUGCAAAAGAUCUCCUGCAGGAUUUAAAGUUUGUACCAUCGGAUGAAAAGAAGAAACAAGGCUGUCAACGAGAAAAUGAAACUUUAAUACAGAGAAGGAAGGACCAGAUACAGCCUGGUGGAACUACAGUCAGUGUUACUGUACCUUAUCGAGUGGUAGAUCAGCCUCUGAAACUGAUGCCACAAGACUGGGAUCGUGUGGUGGCAGUGUUUGUGCAGGGUCCUGCUUGGCAGUUCAAAGGCUGGCCUUGGCUGUUGCCUGAUGGAUCACCUGUUGAUAUCUUCGCAAAAAUUAAAGCUUUCCAUCUCAAAUAUGAUGAAGUGCGUCUAGACCCAAAUGUACAGAAAUGGGAUGUAACAGUGUUAGAACUAAGCUACCACAAACGGCACUUGGACAGACCAGUAUUCUUACGUUUCUGGGAAACUUUGGACAGGUACAUGGUAAAGCACAAAUCCCACUUGAGGUUCUGAAUCCUUUGACUGCCAUUUGAUUCCUGGAGUUUGGAUUAAGAAAUAUGAAAGAUGCUCCAGCCCGGAGACUAGAGAACUUACUGUAUGCAUAUGUCCAGAACUUUGCAAAUGAAGAAGGGGUCACAGUUUAAUCUUUUAUAAGAUCUUGUUUGGAAGCUUGUGCUAUGACAGGUUGAUAUCUGUCAUUAUUAAAAGCAAAGGGGUUUUGCUUAAAACUAUUUUUUUAAUAAUGUUAGCCUUCUAGUCUGCAAUUCAAAUUGUAUAUUUUGAUAGCAGCAGUUUCUUCCCCAUUUUGUUAUAUUAGCCACAUUUUUAAAUAAUGUGUUUUGGUCCUCAUUAGAAAAUAGGUUGAUUUCACUGCAGGUUACAAAAUGUGUGUGUGUGUGUAUGUGUGUGUAUGCAUGUGUGCGCGCAUGUGUGUGUGUAUAUGUAUAUAUAUAUAGAUGUUAUGAGGCAUUCUAAACCACUUUUGCUUCCAGGUUUAGUUCUGAUUUUCUUUGCUUUGUUUCACUUACUGAAAAUAUUUUGUUGUGAAUGGUAUUAUAUUUUAGUCUAUAGGACUUGGGAAACUAAGUGAAGUGAAGAUUGUUUUGGAUAAAUCAAAAUGUCAACCUGUAUAUGUACUGUAUAUUUGGUCGGUCUUUGUUGAAAAAGGGAUGAUGAAUAAUCAAGAACCACUUUUUUGGUUAUAAUGUUCCAGUUUAUCAAAUCUCUAAAUUUUAUUAUGAAAUACAUCAAAGUAAUGUUAACACUGAAUGUUCAUCCUUUACAGGUCCUUUAAUUUAAAACUGAAAGUGUGUAUGUGUACACUAACACCUAUCAAAAUGCCUUUAUAUGAGAGUCCAAACAUUAUAUAAAUUAAACAGUGAAGAGAAAGGGGGCUAGUUUGCUUUGUUUAAUACAACCACCACACACAAUGAGUCCUUUUAACUUCAUUACAUUUAUAACAACUCACACUUUAAUACUUUUUCCUUAUGACAGAAGUCACCCAAACCACUUUUCCAAGAGUUGUAAUAUUCUCAUAUGAGUUGCUAAUGCAGUCUUUUUAGCAGCAUUGCAUUAGUACUGAAAAUAUAUUCCAGUUACCAAAGAACACAUUUGCUUGAUCUAGAAUAUGAAUGUAUUCAGGCAACACUGGUAUUUGUGUGAAUUUAGCAUACUUAGCUAGUAAUUUAAUAUCAGUGGAGAGUUAAAAAAAAAAACAAAAAACCCCCCCCCCCCAAUAAAAUAAAACAGUAACCUCCAUAUGCAUAUUUUUUAAUGGAAAAAAACAUGUUUAUAUUUCUGUUAGUGAAAUAAACCAUGUUUUUCUACUUGGCAAUUUAAAGUUUGACCAAGAGUAAAAUAUUCUACAUGUUCCUCAUUAGUUUUGCUUUUAUUUCAUAUCACUUUAAUUUUUAAUAUAACUGGAAGUGUAAUGAUUUCAAAAAAGUCUGUAGGAGCUAUGUCUUACUGUUACAUCGGGGGUCUGAGGCCUGGGCUUCUGUGAUAUCUUUUAAUCUAUACUAAAACUAUUUUAAAUUUUAAACUAAGAAAAAUCAAAACUCAAUUAUUUUAGUAAAAAUAAAGAUCCACCUCAUUCAUCAUAACUUAGAAUGGAAGAAAUAACUACAUCAACAACAUUUUACAUCAUUAAAUCACUGAGAAGAGCAAACAAUACCUGGUGUUGGGUUGUUUGUUUGUUUUUGUUUGUUUUUAUUUUGUUUGUUUGUUUAAGACCAUUUAGCUUCUCUAAUUUAAACAGAAAGUAUGAGUAGAUGACUCUGGCUCAUUUGUGGAAUAUAAUUAUUAUAAAUGUGUUCUGUUCUUUAUCUCUUUUGAUAUUGAGAUACAAUUAUGAAAUGUAACACAACAGUUGCCAGCACAAUGGAAUGGGGUUUUGAACUGUGUAAAUUAUGGGCAUCCAAGAUUUGUUUCUGCUAUUGUGAAGUGAUUCUGAUUUUAAUUUUUACAGUUAGGAUUGUGUUGGUUACCAUGCCUGUUUUAAGAGAGUGAUAAUGGACAGCAACCUUUUUCCUAAAGCUUUUUCAUAUGAGCAUUUUAUGCUCACAUGUAUUAUAGGUUACAGAUCCUAGUGUUCUUAAAAUGUGCAACAUUAAGUCAGUCUCACCCUUUUUCUAUCCUCUGUUUUGUUAGAUUUUACAACCUUAUUGCUGGUACCGGAGUCUCCUGUGGUUCAGUGGUAGAAUCCUUGGUUCAGUGGUAGAAUCCUUGUCUACCACACAGGAGACCUGGGUUCAGUUCCCAGACACUUAUACAACUACAGCCAUGGAGGCACCAAAUAUACGGACUUAGUCUGGUCAUUGGAUUCUGUCUCCGUGGCCUAAAGGGAGGAUAGAAGAUCUGGGUAACCGCCACUCCUCCAAAAAUUCCUGUCCAGGCAUACGCAUUGAAGGUCCCAGUGAUCCUCAUGCAUACACCAUGAUCCAGAAGGAUUGACAGUUGCUAAAUUGUUAGUACAGUUCAUCAGUCAUUCUUGAAUCAACUUGUGAUGUAAUACCAGAGACAGACAGCCUGAUUCUGGUUUCACUUAUGAUACAUGUCAGGCAUGACCUACUGAAAUCAGUGACCCAGCUGUGAAAAUGACAGAGGAAUAGAAUCAGUGAAAUUAAUUGUUUUAACUGCCAUUAAAGUCCGGGUUGCGAUUGUGGUACAACAGUGCAACACGUCGUGAACAAUUGCCCGAUUAGAUCAUUUAAUGGCAAUCUAAAAUCAAUCCAUACUGCUACCCCUGAGGCAGUCGAAUGGUUAUCAAAUUUAGAUAUUAAUCUAUGAAUGUUGCAAUCCUAAAAUGUCAUACAAAAGAAGACAACUGCCAUUUUUGGGGGAUUCAAAUCAAGCCUUUGCCAUUUGUGGAUUCAAAUCAAACCCUAUUACUUUGGGUACUUUGUAUUAGCAAUAUCUCCACACAAUUAAGGUUCAAAUAUGUACAUUUAUAAAGGACAUGGCACCUGAUACUUCACUUUUACAUCUGUUCAUUCAUGAAAAUAGUCACAUGUCAGAGUAAGCUGUUGUGCAUUGAGGUUCCCAUUAACUAUAUAGUGCGAGUGGAAUCAGGUUCUCAAAAUAGUUCUCAUGCUUACUCCCAUUCUGUGCGUGUAUGCAUGCGUGUAAAUACACACACGCACACGCCUCCCUCCCCCACAAUCCUUUUGCAGCAUAUCUAGAUAUCCAGAGACCAUGUUAUGCUUAAUUUAUCUAUACAUUGAUGUAUAGUAGUAAGGAAAACUGUUACUAUGAACUGGAGAAGCUGUGCUAACAGCCAGUUGCUUGUGAGCUUCUUCCUUAUCUAUGAACAAUUUUGAGAGCUCACAGUGCUGGUAAGUGUAUAAAGUGUAAACUGAAUUGAAAAUUAAAAUAUAUAAUGAAGAAUGUGAGCUACUUGUACUGACUAUAGUUUUAUUGAAAAGUUAAAUGACAUUAGAAGUAUGGAAAUCAAAUAUCAAAUUGACUGUUCAGUUUCUGUUCUAGUUCUUUGAAAUUUAAACCUCUUUUAAACAACUAAACAGUAACAACUCUGCAGUUGUUUAACAAAUACAAAAUGUGGAAACUGGCUUGCUAUCUGAUACUGGGCUUCCAAACUGUCAGAUAUUUGACCAAUUUUUUUCUUUUUUCUUUUAAUUUUACAGCUGCCAACAGGGACUUUUGAAAUACUGAUUUAUAGUAAAAAGUACUUUCUUGCUUCCAAUUUAUACAUAGCAGCAACUACCAGUACACUAUUUGACUUUUCUAACUAUAGCACUGAGAAAAGUUUGCUGAUGCAGACUUAAGCAGAUGCAGGGGUUACUUCUAUUUCAAAUAGACUUGCAUACCUGAAGUAAUAAUAGAUCUGUACUUUCAAGUGAGUAGGCGUAACAAUUUUAUUCUUAUUUCAGGGAACUUUUUUUCAAUGAAGAUAAUUUUACAAGAGUGCACUGAAGCCAGUGCUUGAGCUACACAAUUUAUAGAAUUAUUCUGCAGUUCUGUAAACUUUUUUAUUUUUAAAUACAGAUACAAAGAGUAAUUGUGGAUAGCAUAUGCAUCAAGUUGAUAAAGAGCUGAACCUGUGGUCAACAGAAGCAAUGUUUGUCAGAAACAUUUAUCUGAACAGAAGAUUUGUUUUUGGCUUUUGUUCAUUUAUGAAGCAUUAUGGUUCUCUGCAGAGAUUUGUAACAGAAAUUUUAUUGGUACAGCUUUUCAUUCUGUUGCCCAAUGAAAUAUGCACUUAGCUGCUAAUACUUGCUAAUGUCAUACAAAGAAGAUGGUCAGAAUUAAUGGCUUAGAUGCUGGAUUUAAAAUUUAAUGUUGUAAGGCUGUGCUCAUUUUAAUUCAAAAGCCAUAACUAAUGCCAAGUACUUUAUUAAAGCAGUAUGUUCAUGAAAAAUUAAAAAUCCCUGCCUGAAGAAAUUGUUGGCCAAGUAGGUUAAAGUUCGCUUGAAAUACUAAAAGAAAUCAUCUGUAGAAAAAUGUGCCAUUAAAAACUGGAUUAAGUGAAUGUCAGAGUCCGGCUGUUUAAACAGUAGAGCCAACAACCUGCUUCUUAUAAGGAGCUCUAGGACCUUUAGGUUCAUCUUCUUGACAGACUUGUAUAUCAGUAGAAAUCAUACAGUUUAUAUUUUGUUUUGUUGUGCAAUGUAUCGUUACCUGAAGACCUUUAACAUUGUAUGGACAUUCUGAGAGAGAGACUGAAAACAAAGCAUUUGUUAAUGUGAAAAGGUGGGUGUGAUGCUCUUUACAUUUAGCAAUAUAAGCCUAGUGUUCUGAGUAUGAUCCAUCUGCCUGGUGUCUCCUUUUCGGUGACAAAGGAGCAUACUGUAGGGCUGCCAUUGACAUCUAUGCAGCCAAUUCUUUUCUCAGUGGUGAGAAUAUAAUUGAUAAAAAUAAGAAAAAAUGGGAUAUAUUUAUUGAAGCAGAAUGCAUUGUGGUAAGCACAUCUGCGCAAACCAUGUUUCCAAGUUGAAUUUACUAACAGAAUUCAUUUUUCUUUCAAACAAGUUGGUUUAAGAUUUGUAAAUGAAUGCAAAUCCAAAGAAUAUUCUCAAAUGUUUGAAAUUUUUAAUCAAUGAAGUAGUUUACAUGUAAAGCUGAAAAGGUCGGAGGUAAUAUAUAAAAAUCUAUAUGAAAAGCA